GAAGCGCGGCCGCUGCGCGCCUGCCCUUCCGCCGUUCUCGCUCUGUGGGCAUGUGGGUCCUGGGGCUGCGGUGGCAGCGGCUGAGGCGGCCGGCGCCCCCGUGUUCUCCUGCGGCCAGGCCGCAGGAAGCCUGAGGGAGGGUUUUGAAUUCGGUGGACACCCAAAUCCUGGUUAUCAAUCCAGCGAAUGAGGCAGGGUGGAUGAAGGCUGCUUGGUUUAGGAAAAAAAAAAAAAAAAUGCGCCAGCGAGACGUCCCUUCCGUUUUAUGAUCACCAAGCUGCAAGCAAAUAAAUCGGCUGGCCUCACUGCAAUCUUCUGCGCUGAAGUGCAAAGACCUGUUCCUAUCAAUCAUUGAAGCCAUAAGGAAUUUUAAAAACAAAAAACUACUAACAUAAUGAGGUGUUGCCACAUCUGCAAACUUCCUGGGAGAGUAAUGGGGAUUCGAGUGCUUCAUUUCUCUUUGGUGGUCAUCCUUGUGUUACUGCUGGUAGCUGGGGCUUUGACCAAUUUACUUCCCAACAUCAAAGAAGACAAGAUGCUCACUUUACGUAGGGAAAUAAAAUCCCAGGGCAAGUCCACCCUGGAUUCUUUCACUCUCAUAAUGCAGACCUACAACAGAACGGAUCUCUUAUUAAGACUUUUAAAUCAUUAUCAGGCCAUACCACACCUGCAUAAAGUGAUUGUGGUAUGGAAUAAUGUUGGGGAGAAGGGACCAGAUGAAUUGUGGAAUUCUUUAGGGCCUCACCCUGUCCCUGUGAUCUUCAAAGUUCAGACAGCAAACAGGAUGAGAAAUCGACUCCAGGUCUUCCCUGAAGUGGAAACCAAUGCAGUGUUAAUGGUAGAUGAUGACACACUCAUUAGCGCACAGGAUCUUACUUUUGCCUUCUCAGUUUGGCAGCAAUUUCCUGAUCAAAUUGUAGGAUUUGUUCCUAGAAAGCAUGUCUCUACUUCAUCAGGUAUCUAUAGCUAUGGAGGUAUGGAAUUACAAACACCAGGGCUUGGAAAUGGUGACCAGUACUCUAUGGUGCUGAUUGGAGCCUCGUUCUUCAAUAGCAAAUAUCUUGAACUCUUUCAGAGGCAACCUGCUGCUGUCCAUGCUUUGAUAGAUGAAACUCAAAACUGUGACGAUAUUGCCAUGAAUUUUAUGAUUGCCAAGCACAUUGGGAAGACAUCAGGGAUAUUUGUGAAACCUAUAAACCUGGGCAAUUUGGAAAAAGAGACCAACGGAGGCUACACUGGAAUGUGGCAUCGAGCUGAGCAUUUUCUGCAAAGGUCCUAUUGUAUAAAUAAGCUCGUUAACAUAUAUGAUGGCAUGCCUUUAAAAUACUCCAACAUUAUGAUUUCCCAGUUUGGUUUUCCAUAUGCCAACCAUAAAAGUAAAAUAUGAAAGUAGAGCAAACAAGCAAGAACAAACUUGAAACCUGCUUGGUAUUUGAAUAGUUUUUCUAUGCCCUAUGCUUUUUUGUUUUUGUUUUUGUUUUAAGCAACAUUGUGAACAUGUAUCUACUCCAAAAGUCUCUACAAUAGGGAAAAUGUACAAUGUUCCUAGGAUAUAAAACUCAUAUUAACUUCAAAACCAAGAAGCUGAUCUUAUUCAGAUAGGCCUUCUUGUGAAGAGUUUUUAUCCAGAAAUAUAAUUCCUUGGUCAGUAAUUUUGUUUACCGCCUGAGACUGUACUACAAUUUCUUUGACUCUUGGCAUUUGCCUUAAGGACCUACAGCAAGCCGUUUCCAGAUCAGACACUCAAGAAAGGCAUUUUCCAGCUUUUUCACUAAAGUUUGGUUAUUUUUGUUUAAAGCCUGAAAUGCCUCUUGUGCAAGAGCCUGUAAUGUAGGGAAAGCCAUGUAGGAAAGAAUAGUCUCAGUCCCAUAGGAAAAUAGGAAACUGGAUGGCUGCCAGUGCUGUUCCUAUGGCCCUUCCAACUCUUCCAAGACAAACUCGACCCAGCAUGGUUUUGAUGUAACCGUCUGUGCUCUUAUUUUUGUUACUAUUAGUCUGUUGUGACUGAAAAGGUUAAUUUUAGUAGCUGAAGGAUGUCUAGUUGUUUGCUUGAUUUUUGUAAACAUUUACUGCAUGAAUCACAGAAUAUUGCAGCCUAUGUUUCUUACAUGCAACUUAUAUGCAGCAAGUAUUAAAUGUGUUAUUAGAUUCAAUAGUGCAUUUUGUCACUGAAUCUGACCUUAAGAAUGUAGGGUAAUUCUUAUAUUUUAUACAAAGUAUAUGUUGUUUAAGAAAUGUGUAUAAAAUAACUCUUAAGAGAAUGAUUAAGUAGGAACUGGAAGAAGUUUAAUAAAAAAAAAAAAAAACCCUAGUAUCAAAAGAUCUUUGUUGUUAAAGCAUAGGUUGCCUGAUGAAUACUAAGAAGUUGUUUGUAUUGCACAGGCAAACACUGAGAUUAAGAACUUUUUUUUCCCAGAAAAUACCCAAGGCACUAUUGAUCAUGAUGAGAUUUCAAUUAACGUAGAUCCAGGAAAAGUUAAAACUGAGUCAUAGCAGAGGAAUUCUGUAGGGAAUCUGCAUCAGUUAAUUAUCAAGUCUCUGUAUGUGAAUUAGUGUCUGUAUUCUACCCAGUGUUUGUGUUUACUCAUUGUUCACUACUGGUGGCAAGGAAUACUUAAUUACGCCUCUGUCUACUACUUUCUCCUCAUCCUUCUCCCAUUACUUUUCCUCCUUCUCCUUCCAUAAUACAGUUAUAAUUUUAUCAUUUCAAAACUGUGAGAAUAUUAAAAUAACCAUACAUUAAUGUUACAAUAAUGAGAUCUUUAUGCAGUUAGGUUAGUGUGUGAGUGUGUUAUUUCUUUACAUUGCAGUUUGUAUGUGCCCUGAUGCAGUCAAAUAAAAAAAAAAAAAGAACUUGGAACCUCAUUAAAGAUGAAUAAUGUAAAUUAUCUUCUUUGUUCAAACUCAACCUUGGCAGUAGUUUUUUGCCUCUAGGGACAAAUAAAGCAGUUUUCCCAUCCAGGUUCAAUGUUUAUUAAGGAGACUCAUGUUUUUUGGUGAGUGUUUUUGCAAGUUUCUGUGUAUCCUAAUAUAUGGCUAAGAAUAAAUGAAGAUAUUAGGUAUAUU